UUCCAAUUUUCUUGAGCCCAGUAGCGGCCACGACUCCGUCAAAGCUCUCAGCCUUGUGAUCUGAAAGUUUCUACCAAACCUUGAUUUGUUCAAGUCGGCAGCAACUCCAGAUCCUCCGCACUUCUCUCACUCAUCUCUCAUCUCUCUCUCUCCCACUCUUGAGCUAGCUACCUUUGGAUUCCGUUUGCUGCUGCCGAUCUGCAGAAGUAAUAACCCAAACAACAUGAGCACAAUGGCAGCAGCGACGACUUCACAGCUCUCAUGCUUCUCUGCCAUGAAUCGCCAGCUCCACCUCUCGAGACGUUCACUCCUUUGCCCAACCACUGCUCAUCCCAAGUCUUUGUCGCUGCUUGUCAUGAGUCUUGAAGGUGGUUCCAAGACCAAGACUAAUUUGAGUUACACAAGCAAUGCAUCAAAAGCAAAGUCGGAUCCCAUUUUAGAUGAUGAACUUGUUGCUCAGCCGAAGAGAGCAGCCAAGAUUCAUGAUUUCUGUUUUGGGAUUCCAUUUGGCGGGAUUGUUCUAGGUGGUGGACUUACUGGAUUUAUCUUCUCCAGAAAUCCUGCCACUUUGAGCUCUGGUGUGCUGUUUGGUGUGGCAUUGCUAGCCCUUAGCACCUUUAGCUUAAAGAUCUGGAGGCAGGGAAAGUCCAGUUUACCGUUCAUUCUAGGACAAGCAGCUUUGGCGGCGGUCCUCCUGUGGAAUAACUUUCAGACUUACGCAUUGACGAAGAAAGUAUUUCCAACAGGCUUCUAUGCUGCCAUUAGUGCUGCAAUGUUAUGCUUCUAUUCAUAUGUCGUCCUCAGUGGAGGAAACCCGCCACCAAAGAAGUUGAGGCCAUCAUCUGCAAGUGCUGCAUCGUGAUAGAAACUACCCGAAAUGCCUGAUUAGGUAUUGAGGUUAUAAACUUUUGUAUGGCGGAAUUUUGCAUUAUGUAUACGAAUUAUAGGUGUUUUCUCACGAAUAAGUAAGUUUUAAUUUUGGUCAAGCAGGAGGCUUGAAAUGUUUCCACCAAAAUUUUGUGCAAAUCCGCUUCCAGAAUUGAUUUUGAGGCGAGUGAUAGAGUAAUUUAGUGGCUGAUGGGCUUUGAUUUUGUACUGACCUUUAUAUCCCAAACAGUUGAUUUCUUUUUUUGCUUUUGGACAAA